GUGGAGCACGGCGGUGGAGGGAUGAUGCUUUGGGCUCGUUUCACACAAACAGGAAUGAGGAGAGAAUGAAGGCGCUGGAACGGCCUAGUCAAAGUCCAGCACCUGACGGCUGUGGUGGAACCUUCAGAGAGCGGAGCAGAACCGUCAGUGACCCAAAGAGCGGAGCAGAACCCUGUGUAGAGGUUCUACAGGCUGAUGGAUCCGGGCCGGCCCGCUUGUUGUGCGGUUCUGCCUCUCUGAGUGUGAUGAGAUGUUUUUGGCGGCCUGAGGCUCCGCCCCUCCCCCACAGUUUGCGUAACGUCUGCGUCGCUCUUCCUUUUAUUCGUCACGCUGUGGUUUAACGGACAGAAAGUGAGACGAGCAGCAAAGAGUGAAACUCUGCAGAGACGAGGAGCCCACCAUGCAGGAAAUGAUGGUUUUCCAGCUGGAUGACCUCAUCACCAUGAACAUGACCUCCAUGGAUGACCUCAUCACCAUGGCGACUGAGGACCCGUCUUACCUCAGUCCUUCAGCCACCACUGAGGAUUACGGCUAUGAAGACUAUGAGGACAACAUCACCGACCUGAUGUGCGACCGGCAGUCGGUGCGGGACUUCAGGAGCCGCUACGAGCCGCCGUUCUUCUGGAUCAUCAUUCUGGUGGGCGGAGCCGGGAACCUGGCCGUGGUGUGGAUCUACCUGAGCUUCCGUAAGCGUCUGAAGACCAUGACGGACGUGUACCUGCUGAACCUGGCGGUGGCCGACCUCCUCUUCCUGAUCUCGCUGCCGCUGUGGGCGACCGAGGCCUCGCACGGCUGGAUCUUUGGGCCCGCCAUGUGCAAGAUAAACUCCGCCCUCUACAAGGUGAACCUCUUCAGCAGCAUCCUGCUCCUCACCUGCAUCAGCGUGGACCGCUACGUCGUCAUCGUGCAGACCACCAAGGCGCAGAACUCGCAGCUGGAGCGGCGCCGCUGCAGCCGGCUGGUGUGCGCCGCCGUCUGGCUGCUGGCGCUGCUGCUCGCCACGCCGGAGCUCACCUUCGCCGCCCCCGCCGGCGCCGGCUCAAAGUCCUACUGCAGGAUGGUUUACCCGUCCAACCUGGGCAACCGCACCAAAAUCCUGGUGCUGUCCCUGCAGGUGAGCAUGGGCUUCUUCAUCCCCUUCAUCAUCAUGGCCUUCUGCUACAGCGUCAUCAUCGCCAAGCUGCUCAAGACGCGUAACUUUGAGAAGCACAAGGCCAUGCGGGUGAUCCUGGCGGUGGUGGUGGUGUUCAUCGCCUCGCAGCUGCCCUACAACAGCAUGCUGGUGAUGGAGGCCGCCCAGGCGUCCAACAUGACCGUCACCGACUGCCACAAGGUGAAGGCCAUCGACAUGGCGGGCCAGGUGCUGAAGAGUCUGGCCUACAUGCACGCCUGCCUCAACCCCUUCCUCUACGUCUUCGUGGGCGUGCGCUUCCGCCGCGACAUAAAGCGCCUGCUGCGCUGCUGCCUGCCCCCGGCCGCCAAGACUCCUCUGGGGAAGACCAGGAGUCCUCUGAGCUCCACCAGGAUCACGGUGAUGUCCGACAGCGACACCUCCCAGGCGCUGUCGCUGUAGAGGCGCCGCGCCGCGCCGCACCGCGCCGCACCGCGCCGCACCGCGCCGCACCGCGCCGCACCGCGUCCUGAUGUGGCGACAGGAAGAGCCGUCUGUUCCCAGCUUCAACCAGGCCUCGUUAAGAUGCUAGCUGCUUUACUUCUCUGUCAGCCGUCACUCUGCCGUCACGACACCUUCCAACAAGAACUACUCAUCAGCCUGAAGCCGUUAAACCCAGAGAACCUUCACAGAACCUUCACAGAACCUUCAGAGAACCUUCACAGAACCUUCAGGUGAACAAUCUGUGGCCGCUGUUCUCAGCCAGGUGGGAUCUGACCCACAGGUGUGCAGCUGACUCACAGAGAGCUGGAACCCGGACCGGUUCAUGUGGGCCCCGCCUGCCUCACCUGGAGGGCAGGUGUUCUGGCCAGAUCUCACCUUUCCAGGAGGUUGUCCGGACUUUACGAGGGCGUGUUCAGGACUCGUCCCUGUCGGUUGUUUGGGGGACUUUCUCAGGACUUUGCUGUACUGUGAAGCUGUCUGACUAACAGAGCGCGUGAUGUUUGAGCUGCUGUCACCGGAUAGUCCGGUCAUGUGACCCGCCAUGUGUCAGGUCACCCCGAGCCAAAUGUUUGAUUCUCAUGUAAAUAGGAUUUUAUGUGUGUUUCUUCUCUGUGACGUUUAAACUCCUUCUCCACUGCUAACACAUGCUAACCCGUGCUAACCGGGCUAACAGGGCUAACAGGGCUAACAGGGCUAACCGGGCUAACAGGGCUAACCGGGCUAACCGGGCUAACAGGGCUAACAGGGCUAACCGGGCCCGGUCCUCUGCUGCUGUAAAGAUCUGGCUGUGAGAUUUCUUCACUGUAAAUGUUUUUAUGUUGGAUUAUUGAGAAUAAAGUGUUUGAAGUCUUCA